UUCAAAAGUGACGGAAACUACAAAAGUUAUGGUAAGGUCUAAAAAAUGAAGAAGAAUAUAUGCGAAACAAACAUAAUGCUCGUUUUCUCUUUUCUUCAUUCUUAGAUGAAAUCGUUCAAGGAGCAUUAGCCGACGAUUGUUAUCAAAAGAUAUAUCCGGGAAUAGCAUCCGAAAUAUUAUUGGAAAAUUUAAUCAAAUUUGUGCACGAUAUCAAUAACAGACCAACAGAGGAUGGUAUUGAUCAUGGAAAAUUAUACAAAAAAGCUAAUGGACGACAAAUCGACUCAUCGCGUCGAUAUUAUCNUCACUUCAAUAUUAUCUUGUGAAGGAACCAAAUUUAGAUGAAUUCAAUUUGUAUGCGAAGAUUACUAAAGGAAGAAAUUUAGGUAAGCCUUUUGUUUACCAUUUUAUUUAUCUGAAGUUUAUUAUGAUUUGAGAGAGAACUGAAAGAAGAUACAUCUAAUUUCCAACUUCUUCUUUUCGUUUUAGGUUAUUAUCGUGUCUUUACAAACGAAUGCGAAGUUAAAUUGCUGAUUGAGUAUGGUUUAAAUUAUUUGAAACAACAAGGAACAUUAUCCAUCGUUUCCGAUUAUGUUAAGUUUGUACAAGAUUCCAAAUAUCUGAUUUCUCGUGAAAGAUGUGAAUUUAUAUCUCGUAUAUUAAAUAAUAACGUUACAGUAACCAGAAAUAGCUCUAAAGUUGAUUACGAUGUUACAAAGUUAGGAACACGACAGCAACAAACACAAAAACGUCCAACAGCACUUGCAGCAACAACCACAGUGUCUUUGUCCACGUUGCCAUCAACUAAUUCAUCACUCACACCAAAACAAGUUUUCUUAUCAACAACAACGACGUCGUUAUCACCAACUGCUGACAAGAGUAUCUCUCGUUCACGUUCAUCCUCUGCUGAACGCUGCCCAUCUCCACCACUGAAGAAACAGACAUAUCGUAAAUUGAUGAAAAAGCAAGAGCAACUACUAUCGUCAAAAACCCCGAUCGAAAAAGCUGCUCCACCAUCUUCCUUAUAUUCAACUCCAAUAGCGAAAUGUCUAAGAACUAUGACGAAUGGUACUACUACUACUACUACUAUUUCGUUAUCAUCAUCCACAUUAUCAUCUCAACGUGUUCUCACUGCUACACAGUCAAGGAAAAACGAGCAAUUAGUGUCAAAAAACGUAACCAUUUAUCGAAAGAUGAAGAUGAUGAUAAUGAUAAACCUGUCUUACGCAUGUGAGUGUUUUGCUCUUUUUGAACGAUGA